AUGCGACUACCAGGCAUCCCGAUCAUCGAUUCCGAGCAGUCGUUUGACUCUCUGGUGCAGCAGCUUUCGAUAUUUUUCGUGAAAGCUAUUGACGCUCCACAAGAAUGGGAGGAGCUUCGGCGAGAUGUGUAUCCAACACUGCUGAAGCCUUUGGUCCACUAUCUUAUCGUCGAUGUCUCUCACCCGGAUAUCGUAUCUGCUCUGUUAGCGCUCCGCUGGCAUUUUGGUGUUCUCGAAGAUGAAGAUGAUAGAGGCGUCAAUGGGACUCGCGGGCUGGCAUGUGAGCUAGUCGCGUGGAGAUUCGUGACCAGGCUCUCCCGUCGCGAGACUAUCGAUUGUUUAUGCCAUGACUUGCCCUCCCCGGAUCGGAAGACAUCUGCACGGGGAGACGUCGAGACUGGUGGCGGACAUGCUCACUUUCACACUGUAGAGAGCUCACCCUUGCUCGGUAAUCCUCCGGCCGACAUGGACGAGUCCUUCUACGACGAGUUCCCGCGACAGGCAGACUAUGCUAAGAAAUCCAAUUUUGCGACCAUCUUCGCUGGUUUGAAUGCCCUUGAGAUCGCUGCAGUCGCCGAGGCGAAGAGAUUUCUCGCACAAAAGUCAGUGCAGCACAUCAUUGAUGGGAUCUGGACUGGCGAUAUAGUGUUCUGGGAGACACUCUCGACUCACUCCACGAAGCAGGCCAAAACGUACAGGAAAGAAGAAUCUGAUCCCUUCUGUCGCCUCCGCGUUCCGUUAUACCUUAAAGUCUUGGAGGUGUUAUUCUUCGCAGCAUUCCUGGCCUUUUACUAUGCCGUACUGGUGAAACGGCCAAUAGAUCACAUAAUCGCACCGGAGGUGAUGCUAUACGUGUGGCUAGUAUCAUUCACAUAUAACGAGCUUGUCGAGUUCUCUGACGCUGGAUCGACGUUCUAUGCGACCGAUUUCUGGGCGGUGUGGGACGUUGGCAUCAUUCUCGUUGGACUUGUGUUCUUCGUGACCCGGAUGAUCGGCCUUGCGAACAACGACAAAUAUGCGACAGAUAUCGCCUUUGAUAUCCUAUCAGUCGAAGCUCUCUUUCUCGUUCCACGUAUUUGCUCACCACUCAGCCUCCACCCAUAUUUUGGAAUGCUUCUGCCUGUCUUGAAGGAAUUGACAAAAGACUUUCUCAAGUUCGCAGUACUUGUGGUGGUCGCAUACACUGGAUUCUCAUCCUGCUUCAGCGUGCUUGGGCGGGACCACUACUCCUUCGGAAGCAUGAACUGGAUUCUCGUCAAAGUUUUCUUCGGCAGCAGUUACCUUGGGUUCGAUGUCGCAGAUGAGAUCUCGCCAACACUGGGCCCACCUUUGAUGUUCAUUUUCGUUGCUAUGACGAAUUUCUUGUUGCUGACGGUUCUCAUUUCAUUGCUUUCCAACAAGCUUGACAAAGUGAUGAUGCAUGCUCGCGAUGAGUACCUCAUGGUAUACUCGAUCUACGUCCUGGAAGCCAGUACGUCCAACCGAUUGACGUACUUUGUUCCUCCCUUGAAUCUGCUGCCGCUCUUCCUGCGGCCUUUGAGGCUAGUCCUCUCCCAUGAGCAGCUUCGCAAGCUGAAAAUCAGCGUGCUGAAGUUCUCUCACCUGCCCAUUGUUGGUCUGAUACUAGCGUGGGAGAACRGGCGCUUACGGUGGCAUGAUCGACCCAGUGCCGAGAAGUCGAGCGGUCCAAAGAGGCUCAGCAAACGAUUAUCCAGGAAAGUCRUCGUAUAUCCUCCGUCAUUGGCUCAGCAGACGCCAUCUGCAGCUGAGCAGCCUGCGCGACACCCUUCGGCGGCUUCCGAGACCAUUGAGGAUCUUGGGUUCGCGGUCAAUGAUCUUCGAAAGCAAGUCGAGUUGCUCUCGCAAUUGCUGCAGGAAAAACAAACGCGAGGUGCGGAGAGUUUGUGA